UACAUCCUCAUUUCCUUCCUCUGUGCCAUUUCUUCCAUUCCAUAUUUAUGUACUCGAUUUCUUGCGAUGGAUGGAGAUGAGUAGUUUUAAUUAACAUUUGUAAUCCUGUCCUCGCACUGUAAUAAGUAAUUCGUGGAGGAUUAUUUAAUUGACACGAUUUUUCGCAGUUUCUAUCAGGAAUCAAAGAUCAGCACAUAAAUUGGCAGCGCAAAAGCAGUGACCUUAUUUUAAUUUCUUCAUUACUGCAACGAUUGUUACGGUUUAUAUUAUCGAUUUUAGACUUUUUGUGCCAGAUAUUGUUUUAUGUCGUUUGAUUUAUUAGUGUGUGAAGGUACGGGCGUUGAAGAGACGAUUUUUUUGUGCCGUAGUGAUUUAUAAGAGGGAGCCGUGUCUUGGGGAAAAAGCAGCCCGGGCACUACGGUGGCCCCAGAAACACCAGUGCCAGCGCCCCAUCCACCAGGUGGGUGAUGAGCGGCGCGCGUGUUGUUGCAGGGGUGCUGGAGAUGACGGGCAGCGACAGCGUCCGCUUCAGCGGGCACACCCUCGACAAGGCCACCAAGGCCAAGGUCACCCUCGAGAACUUCUAUACGAAUCUCAUCUCCCAGCACUAUGAGAGGAAGCAGAGACUGGAAAAACUGGAAGAGUCUCUCAAAGAUGAGAAUCUCACAGAAAGUCAGAAGCAGGAGAAGCGGCAGCAGCACGCUCAGAAGGAGACGGAGUUCCUCAGACUGAAGCGGUCGCGUCUCGGCGUUGAGGACUUCGAGCCGCUCAAGGUAAUAGGCCGCGGAGCGUUUGGUGAGGUGCGGCUCGUACAAAAGAAAGACACCGGCCACGUGUACGCUAUGAAAAUACUAAGGAAAGCUGAUAUGCUUGAGAAAGAACAGGUUGCACAUGUGCGAGCUGAACGCGACAUCCUCGUUGAGGCUGACCAUCAGUGGGUGGUGAAGAUGUACUACAGCUUCCAAGACCCCAUGAACCUAUACCUCAUCAUGGAAUUCCUCCCUGGUGGCGAUAUGAUGACGCUGCUCAUGAAGAAAGAUACUCUAAGCGAGGAUUGCGCACAGUUCUACGUGGCUGAGACCGCUCUCGCUAUCGAUAGUAUACACAAGCUUGGCUUUAUACACAGGGAUAUAAAGCCAGACAACUUGUUACUGGAUGCUCGUGGGCAUAUCAAACUGAGUGACUUCGGGUUGUGCACUGGUCUCAAGAAGAGCCACCGUACAGACUUUUACCGAGACCUGUCUCGCGCUACCCCCUCCGAUUUCAGUGAGUAUCUACCACAAUGGAUUUACAACACCCAAUCAGUAUCGACGUCUUCAUCCGCGAUGGAUUCAAAGCGUCGCGCGGAAUCUUGGAAACGAAACCGACGUGCGCUCGCAUACUCUACAGUCGGUACUCCGGAUUAUAUCGCUCCUGAGGUCUUUUUGCAAACCGGCUAUGGACCACAAGCUGACUGGUGGAGUCUCGGCGUUAUCAUGUACGAGAUGUUGAUCGGCUACCCAAUUCCAGCGGCGGCGCCGAUCUCACAAGAGGGCGAAGUGGCGUACAAAGACUGGGUGUUCAUCAAUUACACUUUCAAACGGUUCGAGGGUCUGACACAGCGCGGGACACCAACAAAGAAAUGAGCCUCCACAUAGGGAACGCUGCUGCAGGAGACCGCAGCCUGCAUCGCCACCCUGCCCACUGUGAUCCAUCCCCCAACCCCUCCCCUGCCAUCCCUACCAUCCCUACCCAACUCGUACCCCACCCGACCCAACAGGCGGUCUACUCGCGCGGUAUUCGAUUGUGCAGCAUGUACUAUUCUGUGAUUUACAGUCGGUGUUCUAAUGUGUUAACUCGAACGUGUGGUUUUAAAACGUAAAACAUUGAAUUAUGUACGAUACAACACAAAUGUAAUCAGUGUGUUAUCAAAUGUGUUUGUAAGAUUGUGUGUGACGUUGUGUAACGUCGCAGUGUGUAGGACACUACACGUCGCAGCCCACUAAUCUCUCCUUUUAUUUUAUCCUUUUAUAUUUCUGUAAUGUUCAAAGAUCACUUAUUGUAUCAAAAUUAAAAAAAAAGUAUUUUUCGAAUCGUGGUUACCUGUCUAUUGCAAAGAAAUUAUUUACAUUUGACAGCAGCGAGAUUUUCUUUAUACACUCUAUGUAUACAUUGAAAUGUUUGAUGGUUAUUGUUGAGGUGUGGUAGCGGCCCAGUUACCCGGCUCCGCCUCGCGAUACAUUCAUAUACGUAUGCCAAUUAUUUUAAAUUAUACAUAACUAAUUGCAUUAUUGCUUGUUUAGUGUUAGUAUUCAAAAUGCAUUUGUAGCUGACGCCAGGAGUUUGGGAAGGGGCUAGAUAUAUAUGAAUUUGUAUAAUUUUUAUUAACUUAUGCGAAGCCCUUACCCAUCUCUUCCUUGCCAUUGCAAUUUCAUUUCAAGGGCAUUUAUUUUCAAAUUAUGUAAAACGAUGAAAUGUAACAAAUGUAUGUAAACGGCUAAAUUUGGAAGUGCUUGUUUUAAUGUAAUAUAACGCACCGCGCCGCUUUCCCGGUCCACAUAUAUUUAUGUACAUAACUGUAUAGAAUCGUGUGGCUAAUAAGCCAAAAAUCACUUCACUUGGAAUUCCGUCCAAAGGUUAAGUUACUGCCACAACAUGAAGUUAUUUAGCCGACAUUUGAGUUAUGAAAUAUCUAUUUAUUACAAUUUUAACAAAAAAGUGAUCAUCAAAAUCAAAUGAAUUACUAUUAGGGGUGUAAAAAACAAGCACGUCUAAUUUAAAUGAACUUUUUUUUUACAAUAAUCAUGUUUUUCAAAAUGUGCGACUCGUUACGUUUGUAUCGGAAAUAAAAAAGUACAUUUAAUUUUGAAUGUGAUAUUUUACACUAUUGUAUAUAUGAACUAUUUUGGUCAAAUCUAAAUUGAUGAAAUUCAUAUUAAAUCUAACGUCUGUGGGUUUCGGCCCUGAUAUUGUAUUAACAUAUCGUUAUCUCUGUUUUAUGAAAGAGAAUUUAAGAGAUGACAAUGUACGAUUUCAAUGAACUCAACAGAUGUAUUUUUAAAUAACAACAGUUAAUUUAUUGCUAAAUAUUGAGAAACAUUUUUUUUGUCCAUGACAGUUUACCUCAGCGCCUUUGGAAGCGGGACAUCUCAUUCUUUGUCACUGUUAAUGCGUCGCUUACAUUUAAUAUACUAAUUGCAUUUUUAUUUAAUUUGUGUAAGUUAUCAUGCAUCAUUAACAUUUACUAUCUUUUUAAUUAUCUUAAGCUGAAUGAAACUUUCAAAGCUCUGUCUAUCCCAUAAGGGCGACAACUUCCGUCGACCGAUUUACAUAUAGGAUACGCCGGUAUUUAUGUGUUAGAGAAUAAUUUUAGAUAUAACACAAGAACAAGUAGUUUGUAACGCCUGUAUUGCGAUGACGUGCGAAUUGUGUGGACAUACAUAAUUUAGUUACGUCGCUCUCUUAGCCAUCGGCUCGUUAAAUGAUACAAUUUUCAUGUAUUUGAAUAGUGAAUUGAUGUGAUUCAACCGUAUUAAUUGUGAUGUUUCGGUGUUAGCGAUGUGAAUAUGUGCUUAGGUAAUUGUGUGGGCGGGUCAUACGAGGCCCCGCCCCCGCCCCGCCCACCCCCGGCCGGCAAUCCGCCGCGUGCGCAUGUCCACCGACAUGACAUGCUCACCGCUUUGUACAUAGCACUGGAAUCUAUUUGAUAUCAGUUGUAAGUUUGCGUUCAAGACUCGCCGCUGCCGGCGACGUCACGCGCUGUCUCGCAUGUUUUUAACUUCUUAGCUAUUUGCUUUGUUAUUGUUAUUAAAAAAAAA